AUGCUUAUCUUCAAGGAUAUCCUCACCGGUGACGAGCUCCUCUCCGACUCCUACGAUCUCAAGGAGGUCGAUGGCAUCGUCUACGAGGCCGACUGUGCCAUGAUCGAGGAGGGUGCUGUCAGCAUUAACACUGGUGCCAACGCUUCCGCCGAGGAGGCCGCCGAGGAUCUUGAUGACCAGGCCGUCAAGGUCAACAACAUCGUCAACUCUUUCCGUCUCCAGAGCACCUCUUUCGACAAGAAGAGCUUCCUCACCUACCUCAAGGGUUACAUGAAGGCUGUCAAGGCUGCUCUUAGUGAGAAGAACGCCGAUGCCGAGACCAUCACCGCCUUCGAGAAGGGUGCCCAGGCCUACGUCAAGAACACCCUCCUACCCAAGUUCAAGGACUUCGAGUUCUACACCGGCGAGUCCAUGAACCCCGACGGAAUGGUUGUCCUCCUCAACUACCGUGAGGACGGUGUUACUCCUUAUGUCACCAUCUGGAAGCACGGUGUCACCGAGAUGAAGGUCUAA